AUGACGGGCUCCUUAGCGCAACCACAGAUGUUCUCCGUGGGCGACGUCCAAGACAUGUUCGUGCCUCUACUGGAAGGACUGCUGGUGCGCGCUGAGGACAGCGGGCCCGUGCUGCAACAACUGCUGCAGCAGCUGCCCGCGCUGUUCAAGGACAAUAAGGAGACAGAGACAAUCCUGCUGCCCGCCGUGCAGGCAGGGCUAGAGGCACUGAAGGCAGCGGACACAGCAGGCCAGCUGCUGGUGUUCCACACGUCGCUGCCGUCGCUGGGCACGGCGCCCGGCCGCCUGGCCAGCCGCGAGGACCGCAAGCUGCUCGGCACCGACAAGGAGAAGACCAUCCUGGCUCCUCAGACAACUCUAUACAACGAGCUGGGCCAGCUGUGCUCGGCGGCAGGUGUGUGCGUGGAGCUGUUCGUGGCCAACAACGCAUACGUGGACGCCGCCACCAUCGGCCAGCUACCGCGCCUCACUGGCGGACAGCUGCACAAGUAUACCUACUUCACGGCGGACAUCGACGGCCCGCGCCUAGUAGCGGACGUGAAGCGCGUAGUAUCGCGGCCCACCGCACACGAUGCGGUUAUGCGCGUACGUACGUCAACCGGCGUGCGCGCCACAGACUUCUACGGGCACUUCUUCAUGUCUAACACCACGGAUGUGGAGCUGGCUGCUAUUGACGCGGACAAGGCGAUCGGCAUCGAGAUCAAGCACGACGACAAGUUAACAGCAGAAGACGGCGUCUACAUCCAGGCAGCCUUACUCUACACGCACCGCUCCGGCCAGCGGCGCCUGCGCAUCCUCAACCUCGCGCUGAACGUGGCGCACCAGCUGGCCGACGUCUACCGCAGCAUGGAGCUCGACACCUGCGUCAACUUCCUCACGAAGCAAGCUGUAUGGGCGCUGCGAGACGCCGGCCCGCGCGCGGUCCGCGAAGCCCUAUCAGCGCGCUGCGCCCGCUCACUAGCGGCCUACAGACGGCACUGCGCAUCGCCAUCGUCGGCGGGCCAGCUCGUGCUGCCUGAGUCGAUGAAGCUGCUGCCGCUAUACACCAGCUGUUUGUUGCGGUCUGACGCGCUCGCGGGAGGUCCGGACAUAACGUGCGACGACCGCUCGUGCGCGAUGUACCGCGCGCUGACGGCGGGCGUGGAGCAGUCGGUGGUGUUCACGUACCCGCGCCUGCUGCCGCUGCACGUGCUGCCCCGCGAGCGCCCGCAGCCGCUGCGCGCCUCCGUCGACAAGAUGCACGACCACGGCGUCUACCUGCUCG